CAGCCAAGCAAGCACGGCCAGAGCCAAACCACUGUUUUCCGCCCCGCACCAUGGCCGAGAACGACAAGGACAACGAGAAGGACACGGACAAGGACGGCGACACGCCGAUGGCCGAUGCUUCCGAACCGGAACCGGCCGCCGCCGGGACCAAGGAGGACACCGCGCCGGACGCCGGGCCCCCUGCCGCGGGCCCGAGCGCCGAAACCAGCGAUCCCGGCACCGGAGAGGCCGCCGCUUCCCCCGGCCCUUCCGGAGCAACGGAGGCCCCCCCUCCGGGAGCCUCCGGAUCCGCGCCGCCUUCGGAAGAAGCUUCCGUCCCCCCCGAGAAGCCUUCUCCUGCCGGUGUUGAUGCGGCUGUUUCUGCCGAUUCCGCCCCGGAACCCUCCGUUGCGAAAGGGGCGGCUUCCCCCGAGAAGAAAGCCUCUGCCCCUUGCGCUGAAAAUGCCGCGGUAGCCUCCGGGCCACCGGCCGAGGCCGAGACCACGGCCCCUUCCGCGGGACCGGCGGCGGAGGAAAAGGAUUCCGGGGGAGACGCCAAGGACGACUCCCCCGCCGCGGCUCCGGCCGCCAGCGAGGCUUCGCCAGAGGCGGCCCCGGUGGCGGCUCCAAGUGCUUCUCCCUCCCCCGGUGGAGACGCUUCCGUUCCCCCCGGGGCACCGGCACCGAGCGGAGACAAGGACAAGGACAAGGACAAGGUCAAAGACAAGGACAAGGACAAGGACAAGGACAAGGACAAGGACAAGGACAAGGACAAGGACAAGGACAAGGACAAGGACAAGGACAAGGAUAAGGACAAGGUCAAAGACAACGAAAAGGACAAGAACAAGGACAAGAACAAGGACAAGGACGCUCCGAUAGCCACCAAGGAGUCACCGGAGAAGCCAAAGCCGGCUUCUUCUUCCGCCACCGCGGCGGCUUCUCCCCCUGUGGCUCCCGCCUCUUCCUCCCCCGCCGCCGGUGCUUCCAAGCCCGGCCCGCCCAGGCCAGGAACGGCCGAGAGCCGGCCCUCGCCGUCGGCAAAGGCCAAGGCCGCCGCGGUGGCGGCCGCAAUGGCCUCCCCCAAGGGACCCCCUCUCGCGAAACAAGGGACCGCCGUUCCGCAACCGGCCCACGCCUCCUCCUCGGCGGCCGCUUCCGCUUCGGGCAAGGCCGGAAAGCCCUCGCUGCCGGUUCCCUCCAAGGCCAAGGCCGGCGGGGCCUCUUCCUCUUCGUCCUCGAAGGCCUCCAAGGCCUCCAAAACGUCCAAGCCCUCCGCCGCGGGGGGAACCUCGGGCAAGGCGGGUGCCUCCGCCCCGGGGGCCCCCAAGCUCUCUUCCGCCGGGGGCGCCUCCAAGUCCCUCAAGAAGGGGGCCCGCAAGAAGCGCAAGCUCGCGGGAGGCCCGGACGAGGCCGACGAGAAGGCCGACGCCCCGGCCAUCAAGAAGGUCAAAAAGGUCAAGCGGAAAAAGGUGCGUCCGGCCCCGCAAGGCAAUGCAAUGCAAUGCAACAACCCGCAGGGUCUGUUCUUUCUCUCUUUUUUUGUUCUUUCGUCUUCGUUCUCGCUCGUUCGUGCUCUGCCAUUCCGUCUCUCACGUUUCGUUUUCAACGCUGCCUUCCUAUCCCCCGACACAGGAAAAGGAGGAAGAGAAGAAACCCGAAAAAACCAAAAAGCCCCGCAAGCAGCCCAAGAAGCCCUCCUCCGCGGGCGCCUCUGGUGGCCUCCACUACGCGGAGCAGUUCUUUGCUCCCACCGUCAUGUCGGCCGCGCAGCUGGCCGUCCAGGAGCAGAUGCGCAAGGCCCUCGAGGAAGACCAGUACAGCGCCAACGGCAGCAUCGUCGACACCGACACGGACGACGAGGACCACCAGUACGUAUACAAGGGGCAGUCGAUCCGUCUCGAUCGGGCGCACCUGCUGCAGGUCGCCAAGACAACCAACUGGCUGGCGGACGGAUCCGGGGCCGGCUGGUCCAGGUUCCCGAGGGGGGGAGGACCCGGCAAGAACGCCGAGGCCGACGAUCCGGAAACCGCCGUCGACGAAGAGGGAAUCCUAAACGCCGACGGGACCACCAACAAGACCGGGACGACCAGCAAGAAAAAGUCCUCCAAGAGCAAGAAGAAGGGACGCAACCAGUACACCAACCGCAACAACAACAACAACAACAACAACAGCAGCAGCAGCGGCAGCGGCAGCAACCGAAACAGGGUCGGCUUUCGAAUCGAGGACCGACCGGCCGGGGGGUCCUCCGACUACGGCAGGGUUGGCUGCACCAUCAUAGACAAGAGGUCGGACGCGGAGCGCGACGAGGGCAGCAUCUUCGGCCAGACCGCCGGCUCCUCCCAGUCGACCUGGGUCGAGUGCGACAAGUGCAAGAAGUGGAGGCGCCUCCGCGGGAUCGUCGACAGCAACAAGCUCCCCCCCAAGUGGUACUGCACCAUGAACAAGAACGACCCCGAGCGGGCCCGCUGCUCGGCACCCGAGGAAGAAUACGAGUCGCCCCGGACCCCCGAGUCCAAGGCGGACGCCCGGACCCGCAAGCACCUGCGGGUCUGGGUCCGCCGCCUCCAGUGCAACGAGCAGUACGAGUCCCGCCUGCCGACGCUCACACGGGGCAAGAAGCGAUCCGCCGGCACCAGCCCGAAGGAGCCCCACGAGUGGAUCCGCUGCUGCAACCCCUCCUGCGGGAAGUGGAGGGCCAUCCUCCGGAUCAUGGACGCCAAGCAGAACGUCAUGGACCUCACCACCGACGGGGAGUGGUACUGCGUCAUGAACACCUGGGACGAGAAGACGGCCAGCUGCGCGGCACCGCAGGAAAACCUGCCGGCCGUGGGCUGCCCCUCCUGGGUCAUGCAGGACCUCGAGCGGGAAAACUAGGCGGCCGACCCACCCACCGAAACGGUUUGGUAUGGUUUGGUUUGCUUCGGUUCGGUUCGGUUUCCAUCGGGAACAAAGGGAGGCAGCGGCCUCAACUGCUUUCGUGCGCUGCGUACGGCGAGGUUUUGCGGUGGUGCGUACCGGAACGGAGAGAAGGACACAAUUAAGGGACAUUGCCAGU